AUGGAGAACAGUCGUCCGCCGAUCGGGGGCCCUACGGCAGAGACAACCCCGUUCCAGGGAGGUGGCCUGAUGGAAGAAUUGAUUGGUCACCAGAGCGCGUGCCAAAUUGGCUGCGAUGGAUGCUCCCAGGACAGCCAACAAAGCGUCACGGUAUGCGGCGACGAUUGCCAUGACCACGGCGAUAACACCGUGUCUGUCCCUGUUGUUGACAGGAACUCCAACACCAUUUACCCUCCCUCCUGCGAUUCUUCUGCUCAUGGUGGCUAUGGGUUAGCGGUAUCAGCCCAAGGGCCUGCUUCCCAAGACCCUGCUUCAGCCCAGUUACCGACACUGAAUUAUCAGCCAACCAAGUCUUACUUCACCACAGAUAUGGCUGCGAGUAGGGGCUAUUUUGAUCCUAUCCAUUCGGCUAGCUGGGUGCCUAGCUAUGUGCCUAGCUACUCCUUUCCGCCCGUUCCUACUCGGUCUCUACUUCCACCUGGGCCUCCCGUUACACCAGAUUCACCUACGUCUUCCGUUCCGCUUAGGUACGUGAACAAUGAAUCACCCCCUCGUGUCGGCAACGAUCAUCACAUCCAACAUGAUUUUUUCACAUGGUGGCUCGAUGAGAACCAAGACCUUUCCCCCGAUAAGGAUGUUGAAUAUUACAGCGGCGACGAGUCGUCGUAUGUCUACUCCUCGGAAGAAAGCGACUCUUGCUCCAACGAGGAGGAAGAGGAAUGGAACUCCUCUGAUGAGCUGGAUUGGGAAGGGUUCCAGGAGUUCUCCGCCCCCUUAUUCAAGGAGUACGCCAUUGAGACUACGAUGGGGAACGAACACACGACAAACGAGACCUCCGACGAUGAUGAGAGCCAGGAAGAAAGCCAAAGGUUGGCCAACGGCCCCGAUAGCCGCAUAAACACGUCUGACGUAAGUAGGGAGUGCACGCCGUCUCAUGAGAAUGGCUAUGAUGAUGUGGUGUUCCUCUAUGCGAUUGAGAAGUCUGAGAUUGAGCACGUCGGUCGUCAAGGCAAUCCCAAUGGUAAAACGACGAUGCGUGCCUCUGGCGCAUGCAAGCGCAAAUUAGAAGCAGAAGAAACUGUAGAGAAGCAUGAAGACAAUGACAGCAACAAUGAGAACCCGCGGGCGACUAAGCGGGUAUGCAUUGCCCAAAGGCCCCGAGCGAAGGCCGAUGGGGAUGAAAUUCGUUUUCUCGAGACAAGUGAGAUCUUGGCCGGCACGCCCAACCACUGCGGCAUCGACUCUGUUUGCAACGAUGACAUGCCGAUCAUGAGCCGGAGUGAUGAACAGAAUAGUGAGCAGCUAUAUCACCAGCUCGAACUGAUCUGUGAGCUGUCUCGAAUGGGGUCAGGGAUUGCCAGCUCAGAUGCCCCUAUCUAUAGUAGCAUCUGCAACGCCAUUUUGGGCAUGGCGGUGGCAGCUUUACAUGCAGCCGACAGCGAGGGACUUCUGGAACGAUUCGAGUCGGGGCGCUCGGAGGCAAAGGAGAAGGUUGAGGUCCGUAGUCCUGCGAGGGCGAAUGAAGAGAUUGGCGGCCUGGAGGUUCCCGUUGGGAAACCUACCAGCGAGGACCUUGGGGAUAUCUAUUCAAGUUCGGGUUAA